GCACUUUGCAAUAAAUAAGUGGGUUUUGGGUUGCAGUUUGGGCACUCAGUCUCUAAAAGGUUCGCCAUCACUGCUGCAGACAAUUCUGCAGAGAGAUGGAAGAUGAGAGCCCCUAUUGAGAAUGGACCUUUCAUAUUGUGCCUUUCCCCCUCCCCUCUCUCUGUGCUUGCCUUUCAAAAGUUCUAGGUCCUUGUGACCAUGUUCUCGGAUGAUCGGAAAGACGGGAGUCCCCGGUUUGGGAAGCUUCACUUUCCUGUAGGCCUUUGGAUCAACUCUCCAAAAAAGCAUUUUGCCAAGCUGGGACGCAGGUGGCCAAGCGUGGGGUCUGUCAAGUCUACGUCCUCAGACACAGCCAGCCGUGGCAGUGAGCCCGUGGAGAUGCGCCCAGCCACCAAGAACAAGGCCAGCCGACAUAAGAGGUUCUCAACGUUCUUCCAGCGAAGCGCAGUGGGAGGGCCUACGAGUGGGGGCGGAGGCCGCUGGGCCAGUGAGAAGAAACUAGCCGAUCUCAUCGACCCCCUGCCGGAAGGCCGGGUUGAGCCCCCGUCCCAGGGGGAAGUGCCGGGGGUCCUGAAAAUCUACGGAGGAGACAUCUCCACAGGCACGAAUUACAAGAGUGUGCUGGCCACGGUGCGCUCCACUGCCCGGCAGCUGGUGCGCGAGGCCCUGGAGCGCUAUGGCAUAGCGCAGCCCAAUGCCCAGGAAGCCUACGUGCUGUGCGAUGUCGUCGGGAGCGUCAAUCACAGCACAGAUGGUUCCUGGAGGGCCCAGUACCUCCGGGCGGUGGGCGAUUCUGAACGGCCCCUCGUGCUGCAAGAUGUGUGGAAGCCCAAGACUGGCUGCACCCGCCGUUUUGAGAUCCGCCGGCGAUGUGAUGUAGAGAGGAUGGCAGAAGAUGAGGAUGAGGGAGCGGGUAUCAACUCCCAGACCCACCGGCAGCAAUCCCGCCGCUUGCGGGCUGCCUCGGGGGGACACACAGCCCCCAAGGAGAGGGCGGACAACCUCUCCCUCCGCCGCAGCAUCAGUGACAUGAAUCUCAGCAUGAAACGCCGCAGGGAACGCAAAGGUGUGCUCAGCAUGGCGGUGGGGGAGCCAGCAGAAGGGGGCUCAGCUGAGGAGCCACGACUCAAGGCAGGAGAGGAGGCCGAGGGCAUGUCAGCCUCGCCAGCCUCUGAAGAUGCGGCCGUGGAUGGGGCUAACUUGGAGCAGCUCACGCAGUGUCUCAUACAGCCGCCGACGGAGCACCCGUAUUUCCUACAGCUGUUGGGCUACAAUGAAAAACAGGAGUUUGUGAUCCAUGUCAUGACCCGACGUCGGCACAUUUUCGGACGCCCAGAACGCCGCCCGGCCCCAGACCAAUCCAACUACGUGGACACGUUCCUGAGUGCCCCAGACAUCCUGCCGCGCCACUGCUGCGUCGUGUCUUCAGUGCCCCCCGCUGAUCCCAGCCAGCCGCGGGGCUCCGCCAUGGUGCGGCCUUUCCGGGGAGCAGCCAUCACCCACAACGGCGCUCCUCUGCAUCGCCAGGUGGAGCUGGCGCCCGGAGACUUGCUGGGGAUGGGGCAGCACUUCCUCUUCAUGUACAAGGACCCGCGAUCUGCAGCUGCCCCACCAGCCUGGCUGCCCAAGGCAUGGGUGUCCCCAGGAUUGGUGGGGGCCUUGGCGUGCCAGGCAUGCGGCCGGUCCCUGCAGGAGCGGCAGGAGGCGUUCCGGGCCUACCUCAAGAGCCGAGAGCCCCAGCUGCGCUACCGGCCCCAGGAGCAGGAGGCACUCCUGGCCGAAAUUAUAAGGCUGCAGGAAGUGCCUGGGUGCAGGCUAGGCCCAGCCUUCCUCUUUGGCCUCUGUCUGGAGCACGCAGCCCGGGAACUGGAGCCAGGACAACUGCCCAGGUUGAUAGCCAGGAUCGCUCAGCUGGUCAAGGAGGCUGUUUGGGAGAAAAUAAAAGAAAUUGGGGAUCGGCAGCCAGAAAACCAGCAAGACAAAGGCGAAUCAGGAAAUCUUGGCGUGGAGGAAGUGGCCGCUGACUUGCGCCCCCUUAUGCUCUGGAUGGCCAACUCAAUGGAGCUGCUCAACCUGGUGCAGAAGAGAGUUCUGGACAUUGAAAAAGACCUGGACUUGGAGGGAGUUUCCCACAGUCCAUUGCUCUCCAGUGACCUGGAGACGUGUGAUGAGGCCAUGGUUGUCUUGGAUGAAGUUAUCAUGUCCACGUUCCAGCAGUCUGUAUACUACCUCACCAAGACUCUCUACUCGGCCCUUCCCGCCUUGCUCGACAGUAACCCAUUCACAGCCACAGCUGACCUCUCCCAUGUGCCAGAGCUCAGUCGUAUGCCCGAGGGAAUCCGUGGGACCCUUGCCAUCUACCAGGCGACGCUGGAGCUCACCCGCGACUGUGGCCUACAUCCUGACCUUGUUUCACAGACCUUUGGAUACCUUUUCUUCUUCUCCAAUGCUUCACUCUUUAACACCCUCAUGGAAAGAGGUGGGUCUCAGUCCCUGUUCCAAUGGGCCAAGGCAGUGCAGAUCCGAACGAACCUGGACCUGGUGUUGGACUGGCUACAGGGGGUGGGCCUCGGGGACAUCGCCACCGAAUUCUUCCGCAAGCUCAGCACCACAGCCAACCUGCUCUGCUUGCCGAAAAGCAGUUUGCUGCAGACACCCUGGUCCCGCCUGAGAGAUGACUAUCCUGCCCUGUCACCAGCCCAGCUGCAGCACGUGCUCAGGAAUUACCAGCUGGGACCAGGCCGUGUCCCCCCCGAGUGCUGGGACCCGUCGGAAAAGGAAAGAGACGAGAUUGCACACAGUGACAUAUUUGAGAGUUUCACCGAGCACCCACCCCUGAUUCUGCCAUGUGAUGGGUUCUGCUUGCGUCUCUCGGAGCCUGUGUCAGAUGACUCCCUCCACCGCCAACUGGUCCGCCUGCGCCGCUUCCUCUGGGAGCUGGAGCGUGAGUCUCUCCCAGCCAACCAGAGGGCAGCAUAUGGGCUGGAUCCCAGCCAGUGAGAAGUGGGGUACAUGCUGGUGUUGAAGAAGAAUCACAGUCCUCAGGAAGCUCCUGUAAGAACAACCCUCAGUGGAGGGUGGCGAUCUUUGGAAAAGGCAGAAUCCAGGAUUGUCCUGAAAGGUCAAAGACCCAUCAUUCCAUCCAAGGCCACAAAAGACCCAGCAUUCCGUCCAAGGCCCCUUGGCUGCUGUUGCCUCUUUGUACCCAUGCUCUCUGGUGCCAGGCACUGGUCUUCUCAAGAACCAAGUUGGAAAUUUGAGAGAAAUCAUAAAUUCUUCCCAUCUCGAAACACUGCAGUUCCGUUUGGCCUUAGAUCGUAACUGUUUCUAGCCAACUAUGUAUUCCUCCUCCGUAAUAAAAUUAUUAAUUGUGACAAAGAAAA